AUGGAGGAGCCUCCCAGCAGCAGUGCUCCCCCAGGGCCUCCAGCCAGAGCGCCCUCCCCAUCAAUGCUCUCCAUCUACCUCCAGCGCACUGCAUCUGGCCGGCUGACCUCUGCAGCCCCUCAGCCUAGGCAGGAUCCCCCUGCACAGCCCUCCUCUGGGGAUCCCUCCCCGAGGCAGCUGCCACCACAGCCCCCCUUGCAGCAGCAUCAGGGGGUGAUCCUUUCUAGCCCAUUUUACACCCAGCAGCGUGAGGGCUUUCUCCUCAGCAGCAGCAGCAUCCCUAUCUCACAGCGCUCAUCCUCACAGCCGGCCCUCAGCCAGAGCUCCACCGACCCCCUGCCCGGCGGCCAGCCCAGCAGGCAGCCUACAGGCACCGCAGCGUUCAGCCCGAGCCGCUCCUCCUUCGGGUCGGGUUACUCGCUGCAGAGCGGCGGAGGGGAUGACACCGGCGCGGCUGAAUCUCACAAUCCCGGCGGCGGCGGCGGCCUGGGGCAGCCGCCCGGGGGAUAUGCCUAUGGCGCAGCCUUUCCGGGUGUCAGCGAUGAGGAUCUGGCUGCCAUGGACCCCAAGCGCGCUAAGCGGCUCAUCGCCAAUCGACAGAGCGCGCAGCGUUCGAAGGCGCGCAAGCUGCGGCACAUAAUGCAGCUGGAGGAGGAGGUGCAGACGGUGCAGGGCAUCAGUGCACAGCAGCAGGCCACCAUCGGCAGCCUCCAGCAGGAAGCCGUCCUGCUCACCGCGAGUAAUCGCCAGCUCAGCGUCCAGGUGGCGGACCUGCAGGACCAGCUGCACCGGCAGGAGGCCUUCACCGAGUUAGUCACCGCCGAGCUGAGACGACUCAGCGCCCUCGCUGGCGAGCCCGCCCAGCUGCCCACAUUCUCCCCUGCCGCCCUCCAGGAACAGCAGCAGUUGCAGGCGCAGCAGCUGAUGCCUGGGGGGCAGCUGCCGCCGCAGCUGUCAGACAUCGCCCUGCAGCAGCAGCUGGCCUCCCAAUACGGCCUCCCCGGCUUUGCAGGCACGGCACCCUCUCUCAGAAACCGGCCCGUUGAAUUGUGUAGCGGAUUCCAGCAGUACCCGGUGGGAGUGCAGCAGUUCCAGCCGGCCUACGUCCCCCAGUUCCCCAUGGCACAACUCCCCGCCAUGCAGCCGGUGCCGCAGCAGCGGGGCGGGUUACUAAUGGAGCCCCCCCCGCCAGGGGGCGCCUACUACCAGCCCCUGCCGCAGCAGCAGCGCCAAAGCAGGCAGCGGCAGCAGCACCCGCGGCGGCAGCCGCCGCCGCCGCAGCCGCCAACCCAGCCGCCGCCGCAGCUCGACGGGGGCCGGCAGCCGGCCCCGGAGCGGCCCUCUGUGGCCAUGCAAGGCGCGGCAACGCCACGGGAGCAGAACACACUCGCAUCGCACCCCUCCCUCGAGCGCCCCGCCUCCGCGCCGCUGCCGGCCGCCGUGGCCGACGCGGCGGCGGCAGCCGCCGCGGAGUCGUCGGCCGCGGAGGGGACGCGCGCCACGGCUGGGCCGACAUCCACCGAGGCGGUGCGCGACGCGGCCAUUGCCGCGCUCGCUCUGGCGGAGCGCCGUAGUGUCCGGUUCUCGGCCGAUCUCCCCGGUUCUGAGGCGGCGGCCGAGUCGCGGCGGCAGGCGCUGGCGACGGCCGGCCGGGGCAACACGUUCCCGCUGGCGAGAGAGGACGCCGCGGCGCGACGCGCAGCCGUGCGGACCCUGUCUGCGCCCGUUCCUUCCGCUGCCGGCAGCGGCGCGGGCUCCGGGGGCGCGCCCGCCCGCGUGGCGGCCGAGGCGGCCGGCCCGGCGGCUGCCGCGCAGCCGGACCCGUUCCGCGUGUCCGUGCCGGCCAGCGCGUUCCAGAUCGAGGAGCGCCGCUCCGCGCAAGACACGCCCUCCUGGAGGCAGCAGCAGCAGCAGGUGCAGCACUUCCCAUCGGUGCCAGAGGCGGAGGAUGUGCAGAGCUGGCAGCAGCCGCCGCAGGUCGGCUGGCCGCUCGGUUCGCGCGCGCAGCAGCCCUACCCGGUCGCCGGGGGCCCGGUGGGGAAUGUCAUGCAGGCCUUCCGGGGCCUCUCCAUGCAGGGCUCAGAUCCGGCGGCGUUGCCUCCGAGCGGGUCUGGGCAGCAGAGGGGUUCCCUGCACCAGCCAUUCAGCAUGCAGCCGGGCGGCCACUACGGGAACCUGUCAUGGGACGAAAUGAUGCGAUCCCUGUCAGACCCCGUCUUCCAGACCGGCCAGGACGGCGCGCCCAUCAUUCCCCCGGGUUUAUAUUCCCAGGGGAUGGAGGGCAUGGGAAUGGCCGGCAGGCCCCCCUUUGAGAGCUUCUACAACGUCGAGCAGACAGACCCCGCGCAGCAGCAGCAGCAGCAGCAGCAGCCGCCGCAGCAGGAGCAGUUGCGGGGUGACGAGGGCUCACGUCAGCGGUGA